AUGUCCGAGCAGUUGUAUUCGUUUACCGACGAGUUGACGCCGCAGGAUCAACAGUUUUUUGAGUUAGUGAAGAGCUGCAACUUACCAGAAAUCGAAAAGCAUUUAAAAACUAAUAGCGUAAAUAUCAAUAUGAAGUUUCAGGGAGACACACCGUUGAAUCUGGCCAUACAGAACCAAUGCGAACCACUAGUAGAUUUGAUUCUUCAACAAAAAGACGUGAAAAUCGGCGAUUCGAUGCUGUUGGCGAUCACGUACGACAACCUAAAGCUGCUGGACCGUCUGCUGGAAUUCCAGGAGGCCAACGGCAGAGGCAAAAGCCGGGGCAAUGCGGGCGGCCGGAAAAGAAUAGCGUCGGACACCAACGGAAGCGAUGCGGCGGACGGCGACGACGACGACAACAGCGAUUCGGAAGAAUUCCCGCGGUUCAUGACGCCACUGCUAUUGGCCACGCAAUGCGGCUUGUACGAGACGGUCGAGUACUUGCUGAACCGCGGCCACACGCUGGACAAGCCGCACCCGCCGCGAUGCACGUGCGACGAGCGGUGCGCGGCUGCGGCCAUCCGCGGCGAGGUGGUCACCGACGGCUGCGAGCGGUUGAACGCGUACUGGGCCAUCAGCAACCCGACGUUCAUAUGCACCACGUCCACCAGCGCCGACCCGGUGCUCAGGUGUUUCCAGUUGCACGACGAACUGUUGCAGUGCGGGUCCGAGGAACAGGUGUACAAGGCCGCGUACACGUCCAUGGCCGAACAGCUAAAACAGUUUGCGGUGGAUAUAUUAGUAAACUGUAGGACAUCGGACGAAGUAAAAAUCAUGUUGCGAAAUCGGGAUGGAUGCAAGUUCAGAGGACAGUUUCCGUACCCGAGACUGAUCACAGCCAUGGACCACAAACAAAAAAAGUUCGUGGCGCACACCAACAUCCAACAGGUGUUGGAGAUGGCGUGGCUGGGCGAUUGGAUCGAGUGGAAGUCGUAUUCGGUGGCACGGAAAUUGGCAUACUUGCUAUGGCGGUUCUGCAUGCUGCCGGUUAUGGUGAUUCUGGGAAUGUUUGCGCCCGACUCGAAACUAAACCAGGCCAACCGGUUGCCGAUCAACCGGAUGUUUAAUAGUCUGGUCGCAUACCUAGUGUUUUUGGUUCUGCUUUUCGUCCACUCGAACGCCGACAAGUUAUUGGCGCGGAGGGGUGCGCCUAGGUUCCACACGUGGUUCCCAAUCGUCGUAUUUGUGCUCGGCCACGUGGUCGAGAAGUUGAAGCUGCGGCUUCAGCAGGGUUCGGAGCGUUUUUUCAGGAACCUGUGGAACGUGUUCGACACGGUCAAGCUUAUGCUGUUUACGGUGUCGUUCAUGUGCUGGGCGCUGACUGGCGCCCUGGUCGGCCGAGUGUCCGAAAACCUGGACCGCAAGUACUGGCACUGGGCCGACCCACAGCUGGUGGCUGAGGCUUUGUUCGCCGUGGCCACAGUCAUGGCGUACAUGCGACUAUUGUUCUUGUGCCAGCUAAACUAUGACAUCGGGCCCAUGCAGGUGUCCUUGGGCAAAGUGCUGUACGACUUCGCCAAGUUCGCCACGUUCCUGGUCAUCAUUAUGGCGGCGUUCACGUGCGGCCUGGGCACGUACUACGCCUACUACACGGGCAUGGUAUAUAAGAACCCGGAAACGGGUGAGACAGCCCGGCAAGAGGACUCGUUCGUCACCGUCGCUGACACGUUCAAGACGUUGUUCUGGGGCAUAUUCUGUAUGACGUCGCUGGACGCGCCUAACGUGGUGGUCGGAAACACGGUGGCGGCCACCGGCGGCGUCGACGCGGCCACGCAGUCGCACCAAUUCACUCAGCUGAUGGGUUACGGUUUGUUCGCCGUUUUCGAGGUGCUCAUGGUUAUCGUCAUGAUGAACAUGCUGAUAGCCGCCAUGUCGGACACGUUCCAGCGGGUGGCCGACAACGCCGAGUACGAGUGGCUGUUCGGCCGGACCCAGGUGUACGUUAGUUACAUGUUGCAGGAUGACAUGCCGCCACCAUUCAACCUGUUGCCCACCGCCGGCUGGCUAAUCGGUGCCAAGCGGUUCGUAUCCAAGUCCGAUGGCUAUGCCCACUUGUUGAGCGACGGGUGGAGAGGUGACAGCCGCCAAUCAAAACAAGACGCUACCGAGUUUCGGGAACUCAUGGCCGAAAUCAUCAAGCGGUAUUUCAUGUACAGAACACACGUCAACUGA